AUGUCGUUGAAUGGGUUGGACGAUCCAAAGGUUCAGGAAGCCCACGAGGCCGCUGUCGCCGAACCGGGAGGAUGGUUCCUCCUCAAGUAUGCGAGUCGCGAUGAAGUCGAAUUGUUAGGUCGCGGCUCUGGCGGCGUGGUCGAAGUGCGCAAUAAUGUCGCUGGAUACGAGGAAACGAGCCCUCUCUACGGUUUCUUGAGAUAUCGAAGAAGGAACGUGGUAAUUAAGUACCUGCCUGAAGAUUGCUCUCGUCUUAUUCAAGCGAGAGUAGCUGUUCACUUUAACGCCGUCUGCGACCGAUUCUCACCCUACGAUACCAUUUUCGAAAUUACCGAAGCCAAGGAACUCAAGGAUACGAAACUAUCGGCUGCGUGCUCUCUGCAUGCCGCUUCAGGGUCAAAUUCAUCAUCCUCAAGCUCGUUACGCCGAAGACGAUUGAUGGAGAUCGCAGAGGAGGAGGAAGAGGAGCAGCAACAACGCGCCACAAAACGCCAAUCAGUUGCCGAGGACAACGAAGACGGUGAUAUUCGACCUAAGACAGCCAAGACAAGUCAUGACACUGUCUUGCCUACGGAGACAGUCACGCUAAACUCAGAGCUUGCCGCAUCUCCAGAGCAUAGCAAAUUCACUGACGCUUCAACAUCUGAGGUACCCAACUUCGUUGGCGCUGAUGACAGGCCCGUUUCUCCUUCUCAAUCAGAAGCACAGCCGCGAAUGUCAUCGCAAUCAGGCCGACCCGACUUGUAUUCCUAUUCAUCAUACAACUACGGAAAGCCUAAAGUGAAGCUUGGACCGCGCCCCUCGCUUGAUACAAACGGAAGACCACGCACUGCCGGCGCAUAUCGCCCUGUUUCUCAGAUGCCUUCCGGCUUUAAGUUGUUUGGCAAGGGCUCUAAAAAAGAGAAGAAUAGGGACGGCCCCGCCACCGCCGAGGAUACUUCUGUCGAGGACAAAGACACAGUGACUGAACAGGAUGGACUACAAAUUGUGCAUACAGAACUCACCCGCCCCGCAACAAGCUCUGGAGUAUCUAUCCCUGGCUCUCCUGUGUUGCCUAUGCCUCCACCCGCCAAACCGACCAUUUCACCGGAAAAGGCGAGAUUAAUGAAGGCUAUGAAGCUCCGAGAGAAAAAGAAGGCGAAUAUGGCAGCCGAGGUGGCAGGUGCUCCGUCACCUCCUCUCGAAUCCCCCGGACCUAGCGAUGGCGAUUCAUCUACAGACCGAGUAGAGGAUCAUGAAACUCAACACGAAACGGAAUCCGACCACCCAUCCAUCUCAAAUGCCGACUCAGGUAUUGGAUUGGAUGCGUCUUCCGCGUCCAUGAAUAAUGAUCAAACUUCCGAUCUUGCUCAGACCGAUUCUCACCCUGAUAGCCCAGUCAUUGCAUCUUCCGAACCAGAGAUAUCUACCAAGGCAUCUUCGCUUUCCGAAUCAACGGACGAAACCCUGCACCCAAAGUACGAAGAUGAACAUGAUCUGGACGAAGAUGAGAAGGUUGAGAAUGUCGAAGCCUCUAAUACACAAACAAGUGAAGAAAUUGCUACCGCUGAAGAGUUGACGCCAGUGAUUGACUCCCUUCCAAGCAAGGACGAGGAGAAGAUUGAGGAUACAACGCCAGAGCCUUUACCAGAGACUGACACCAACAUUUCAGCUCUGGAAACAGCAGUCUCUGUUACUAGCAGCCAGCCCACAGCGGACCAUACUCCUGACGCAUUGGAGACAACUGAGGUUUCGGCCAACAUCAGCAAAGUGGACGAGCCGCUAUCCCCCACCAUUGGCACAUCCAAGAUCCUCAAGUCGAAGUUCUCGACUCAGGACCUGAAGACGGAACCAAGUCCAGCCUCUAAUUCCCCUAACCGAAGUACUCGCGAGAAUAGCCCCAUCAUCGUAACAGAAAAGGAUGAGGAGGAGGAAAAUAAUGAGGAGCUGCCCGAAACAAAGCAGCACAAGCGCAAGACCAAUAUCGAGCCUAUCAAAACGGACUUUGCCGAAGACAAGGACCGUCUUUCUGACGAUGAGGACUUGAUGGAGGAGCUGCAUAGCGCGACUCUUCAUGAGGCGAAACCGAUGACUGUUGCUAAGAGCCCUGUCACUCCAGUUUUCCCUAGCCCAACGAAGGGCGAACGAUCUCCGACCAUCGUCCGCACCGUCUCGAACCCUGUCCAUGGCAAGCUUCUUGCCCCUGGCGAUGUCACCACAAGCUCAGCGCGAUCUGUAAGCUCAGGAGCUGCUUACUUGCACAAGGUUGCCCAACAGCCUAAUGGACCCAGCCUGACUAGGAAGUCUACUGUGGGAUCAAGUAUCUCGCAACGUAUCAAGGCUCUUGAAAAGCUCUCAGCCAGCACUGGUGAGAGUACUCUCAGUCCUACACCUACUCCCUCAAGCCGAGAGAGACCAUCUUCGGCAUUCUUCUCUGUGCGAAGAAGUCGCGAGCCCACUCGAUCUCCAUCUAUUGCGGAUCGAGCUAGCUCUUUCAACCGCCAAAAUCUGCGAACACCACCUUCACGAUCUGGUUCUCGAGACGAGUCACCUGAUAGAGCUAGAAAAUCUCACAGGGAGCGCUCGAACUCGGUUGCCAGUCGCUUGUCUAAGUUUGAAUCACAUGCGCAAGAGAACGGCGGCUCGCCUGAGUCAAUCUCGGUCACUGCUAGAAUAGUACGAGAUCCGAGCCAGAACGCAGCGAAAUCACUCGAACCACCAAAAGAUCCAUCAGAGUUCAACCCAGUGGAACUUAAGGAGUCCCCUCUCUUGGUAGACCACCAGAAGGCCUCACCAGUAUGGACCCCUGCAGCGCUUGAGCAUUCUAAGGAGACCAUUCUUGAGCGUCGUAUGUCUAAGGAAGGCCGUCGAUCAGAGUCGAAGAGUCGAGAUAAGGAAGACCACUCUCGACGGUCUUCCCUAAGUGUCGUGAAGGAUUUCAUUAACGACCGCCGCAAGUCUCUCACUUCGCCAUCGUCUGAUGCAGGUGGUGCCAAGGGUUCACAGUCUCCCACCCGCCCUCCUUCAACUCACCAGGGCAAGCGGCUUUCAAUCAGCAGCCGACGGUCAUCCAUCAGCCGCGACAGGGACAACGUACUGUCCCCUACAGCUACUACUGAGAGCUCAGCCUCUGGCGACGAAACUAAGUCAAACAGUGAGAAGAAGAAGUCAAGGGCUGGUCGAUUCAUGCGUCGUCUCUCAUCCCUUUCCAGUUCACGUGGCAAGACUACGCCCCCUACAAUCCUCUCGCCAACUGUGCACGAGGAGAUGGCAGAGCCUGUUCGACCUGCGACUACUGCCGGCCCCCCCUCCAUCGUGUCCUACAUGGGUGAUGUCAAUGUGCAGUUUCCUGACAACCUUCUCUGGAAGCGACGUAACAUGUGUUUGGACUCUCAGGGUUUCCUCAUUUUGAGCGCUCUCCCGGCUCAGAGCAGCCGCACCGCUCAAGGUACGAAGCGCUACCACAUGAGUGACUUCCGAUCUCCCUACAUCCCUGAUGUCGAGGUCCAGGAGUUGCCCAACAGCGUUGUCCUAGACUUGGUUGACGGUAGUAGCGUGCAACUGGCGUGCAUGGACCGUUCCGGACAGAUGGGUAUUCUUGACAUCCUUCAAGAGGCCCACGCCAGACACGCUACCUCAUUCAGUCUGUGAUUUGAUGCCCAGAUCUUUGCCGCAGCGUCUGAGACGAGUCUACGGUACCAUCAAACGCGAGCCACAUGUUCGCCCCCAUUCGUCCAUUUUCUCUGUUACAUAUAGAUGGCAAUCAUCUUGCCGCCCGCCACAAACCGCCUUCCACGUCUCGCGAUACGUUAACGGCCUUACGACACCCCACCCAUCUACAUCUUGGCUUCAGAGUGUAUACUACCGGCUUGAGUGUCUGAUAAACCGCCAGAUGUUUCUUUCUACACUUUAUGUCGAGGAUUCUCACCUUCCUCGACGUUCCUGCCAGACGUUGUAUAUUCCCUUUUAAACACGCUCAUCUCUGGAGCCUUUCACAUAAUUUUCUAUUUGUGUUCUCUUCACAUGUUCAACUAUGUACGCAUGAUACCAC